CGGGCCUUUGAAAGCCCAAAAUCACCGUCUUCUCUCUCACUCACCCUCUCCCUCUCUCUCUCACACACACAUACACACAGCGACCGCGAAAAUGGCGUCACCGAUGGUGAGAAAAGCCCUUAAAACCGUGGUUCCAUCCGCCUUCAGAAGUCUUACCUCUAGCAGCCGCCACCUCAGCGUCGCGGCGGCAUCUGGAAAUGCGGAACAAGAGCCGUCGUCGUUCACCUUUUCCUCCGACGAUCUGAAACCCGCCGCAACUUCGAAUAGAGAUGACAGCGUAUACAUCAAAGGUCCAAAAACGACGUCGUCUUCAUCCUCGUCCGUGACUAUGCCGAUGUCUUUCAUGACCGGUUCGAUCGUCGGGAGGCGAUUCUACAAGAACGUGACAACGAGAGAAGCCGAGGAUGGGAAUGGGUGGAGCGUAAUGCUUGAUUACAGGACUCUCAAAACUCCUUCGAAGCGGAAUCUUAAGUGCCCUACUUUAGCUCUUGCUAAAGCCAUUGCUGCUGAGUGGGAGUAUCAGGAAACAGAUGGAAUUAGACCCUUUACGAUGCCUCUGAUGAAGCAUGCAUGUACCGCCUUAGAAAGAGUACCUGUCACUCGGCCAAAGAUAAUUGAUCAUUUGAUGAACAAAUUCCAUCAAGAUCUUGUAUUUUGCCGUGCUCCUAGAGACAAUGAUUUAACAAAGGAUCUCAGAGAGCUGCAAGUGGAGAAAUUUAGUCCUUUAAUCAAAUGGGUGGAAUCGGAAUUUGGGUUUAAGCCAGCGGUGUACACGAGCUUCUUUGGUGGGAAGCAGGACGAGGGCUUGGUGAAGGCCGUUGAGAACCUUCUGAAGAAGACAGAUGACUGUGAACUUGCUACAAUUGAUGCUAUUGCUUCAUCUGCUCACUCUUUGCUAAUUGCUAUUGGAAUAUUCCGUGGUAUCUUGAAUAUUGAGCAGGCCAUUGAAUUGAUUAGGCUAGAGGAAGAUUUACAGGUUGAUCGGUGGGGUUUGGUCGAAGGUGGUCACGAUAUUGAUAUUGCUGAUCUUAGAGUUCAAAUCUCAUCUGCUGCAGUUUUUCUUCAACUUACGAGGAAGUGAUUGGUUUCUGCUUCUCAUCUUUAAUCAGGUAAUUAAUUGCCCGAGUGUGGACUUUUCCCUUCUUCGUUAUGCAAUGGUGGGUCUUGCAAGAACUUUGAAUGGUUAUUAUUAUAAAACCAACCUAGUAGUUGGUAUAGUUUCAUGUUCACAUGUACAAUAGCAUAAAUUUAAUAAAAAAAAAUAUAUAUUAGAAGGUCGAGCAUUUGCAGACGAAUCCUGAUUUUUGCGAUUUUCCUAUGUUCGAUUGUUGCAUUGCACUCAUCUUUUAUAUGUUUGUGCUGUAAGACUUUUGUCCGACUACUAUCUGGCAAAAAUUAAAAUUAAGCUCUUUAUGAACAUGUCCCUUGUCUCA